AUGCUGUCGCCUGAAGAUACGAGGAUUCCUGGCACUGUCCAAUUGACGGAUGCUGAUGGUAGUAUCGACGCGAAACACGCCGGAAACACCGACAUCAUCUUAAUCCCUGUGCCAACCAACGACCCAGAAGACCCCUUGAACUGGACCCCUCGCCGAAAAGCUUUGUCGACUUUCUGCACCCUGCUAUAUACUGGUCUCAUCGCGGGGGCCUUUGGAUCGACUCCGACCGUGCUUGUCCAGAUCUCUAAUUCUACGGGCCUGACGAUCAAUGAUCUGGUAGUAGGCGUCGGCUAUACCUUUCUUACCUUCGGCUGGGGGUGUCUGAUCUGGCAACCUCUUGCCAUGCAAUAUGGCAAAAGGCCCAUGUAUCUCAUCUCAAUCUUGGUUACUGUCGCCCUCAUGGCCUGGACUCCGUACUGCAAAAGCAAUGCGCAAUGGAUCGCUAACAAGCUGCUACAAGGAUUCUUUGGCGCUCCUGUCGAGAGUCUUUCGGAGAUCAGCUUGACCGACCUCUACUUCCAACAUGAACGGGGUAAAUACAUUGCAUAUUAUGGGAUGGUACUCUUCAGCGCAAUCUAUGUGAUGACAAUAAUAGCUGGCUUCAUCGCUGAUGGACAAGGAUGGCCGUGGGUUUUGUUCUGGGCCAGCAUAUUUUGUGCAGUUGGGUUCGUGUUUCUUUUCUUCCUUAUGGAAGAAACCAACUAUGAAGUCCGCGGCAGCAACGUUGGAGGUGCCGCUGCGAGUGUCGAGGUCAACAACGAAUCGCUUGAAGGGCCGGCGACGAGCAAUUCAGAUCCAGAAAAGACUCCAUGGGUUACAAGGGCGACACCUGAUUCGGUACCCCAAAUAUAUCCACGGAAGUCUUAUUUCGACAAGCUGAAGCUCUGGAGGACUGCUGAUCUCAAAAAAGAGAAUCGUAUCCUCGGUAUGAUGCUGAGACCGAUCGUGUUUUUCACGUAUCCAGUCAUCCUCUAUGCGGGCUUCUCCUACGGUGCAGGAGUUAUCUGGUUCAACGUCAUCAUCAACACGGUAUCGCCGUACCUGACCGCACCGCCAUACAACUUUUCCACAUCUCUCGCCGGGCUGUCUUACUUGUCGGUGUUACUGGGCACCAUCCUAGCUUUUCCUCUUUGCGGCAGUUUUGGUGACAAGUUCUGCCUAUGGAUGGCGCGACGAAACGGUGGGGUUGCCGAACCCGAGCAUAGGCUCUGGCUAAACUUGGCACCACUGGUGCUCGUACCGUUUAGCCUUAUUCUCUGGGGCGUGGGUUCGGAACAUGGAAUCCACUGGUUCGGGUGUAUCGUUGCUCUUUUCCUACUCGGGAUUUCAAUCACCUUCUUGCUGCAGCUUAAUAUUGGUUAUUGUCUGGACUCGUACAAAGACUUGAGCGCCGAAGCCCUCGUCACCGUCAUCUGUAUCAGAAACACGAUGAAUUUCGCAUUUGACUACGGGUUCACGCCUUGGCUGACGAGCAUGGGUCGACAAAACGCAUUUAUUACCGCUGCUAUGGUUGGCUUGGCUCAGAUUGCAACCUUUUUACUCAUGAUCAAGUAUGGCAAGACUUUGCGUAAGUUGAGUGUCCAGAGGUACUACAAACACUCAGCGAUUUUGCGAGCAGCUGGUCUUAUACGCUGA